CGGCUGCAGCGAGAAGCUCAGGCAGCCGCGCGGUCGCUGCUGCCCACUCGGGCUUCUGGGUGGGGGGGGGGGAGAGCGCCAGAGAGGCCGAGUUGCUCUGUCGACGGCGGCCGCGGAAGGGCGGGACGGCGGUCGCCUCGCUCGCUCUCCUGUUACCCGGCUGUCCUCGCCGGGUACCGUCACAUUCCCUCUCCCCCUCUCGGGCCAGGAGAAUGUGUGUGUGUCCUGGGCCCAGGAGAAUUGCAAUUCCAGUCAAAAGCUCCAGACUACCAUUGUUCUCUGAUGCCAUGCCAGCACCAGCUCAACUACUACUUCCAUUAAUUCGCAACUGUGAGAUUGGCAGGCUAUACAGUACUGCAUGUUACUGUCACCACAAGCAUCUAUGUUGCUUGUCCCCUCCUUUAACUCACAAGCACUUGAGAUAUGUUCCUCAGAAGAAACUUGCAACACUCUGCAGACCAAAAGAAAACUUCAGUCAGUUUAUUCAUGCAAGAAACUAUGUCUCCACACCACAGCGAUUUUACCUCACGCCUCCACAAGUCAACAGCAUCCUCAAGGCAAAUGAAUAUAGUUUCAAAGUACCAGAGUUUGACGGCAAAAAUGUAAGUUCUGUUCUUGGCUUUGACAGUAACCAGCUGCCAGCCAAUGCUCCCAUAGAGGAUCGAAGAAGUGCAGCGACUUGUUUACAGACAAGAGGAAUGCUUCUGGGUGUAUUUGAUGGCCAUGCAGGAUGUGCAUGUGCCCAGGCUGUCAGUGAGAGAUUGUUUUAUUAUAUAGCUGUUUCUUUGUUGCCUCACGAAACUUUACUUGAAAUAGAAAAUGCUGUAGAAAGUGGUAGGGCCCUGUUACCUAUCUUACAGUGGCAUAAGCACCCUAAUGACUAUUUCAGUAAAGAAGCCUCCAAAUUAUACUUCAACAGCUUGCGAACCUACUGGCAAGAACUCAUAGAUCUUAACUCUGGAGAAACAACAGAUGUCAAAGAAGCUUUAAUUAAUGCAUUUAAGAGGCUUGACAAUGACAUUUCUUUGGAAGCACAAGUUGGAGAUCCAAAUUCUUUUCUUAACUAUUUAGUAUUGCGUGUAGCUUUUUCUGGUGCAACUGCUUGUGUGGCUCAUGUAGAUGGUGUUGAUUUGCAUGUUGCCAAUACUGGUGAUAGUAGAGCCAUGCUUGGUGUCCAAGAAGAGGAUGGCUCUUGGACUGCUGUUGCUUUAUCUCAUGAUCAUAAUUCAUACAAUGAAAGUGAAAUUGAACGACUUAAGAUGGAACAUCCAAAGUCCGAAGAAAAGAGUGUUGUCAAACAAGAUCGGCUGUUGGGUUUACUUAUGCCUUUCCGAGCUUUUGGUGAUGUCAAAUUUAAGUGGAGCAUUGACCUUCAGAAGAGAGUAAUAGAAUCUGGCCCUGAUCAACUCAAUGAUAAUGAAUAUACGAAGUUCAUUCCACCAAACUAUCAUACUCCUCCAUAUCUCACAGCUGAGCCUGAAGUGAUACACCACAAAUUGAGACCACAGGACAAAUUCCUGAUAUUGGCAACCGAUGGUUUGUGGGAAACCAUGCACAGGCAGGAUGUAGUUAGAAUUGUAGGUGAGUAUCUUACAGGUGUUCAUCAUCAGGAGCCAAUAGCUGUUGGUGGUUACAAGGUAACAUUGGGACAGAUGCAUGGACUUCUUACUGAAAGGAGAGCCCGUGUCUCUUCAGCCUUUGAAGAUCAGAAUGCUGCUACUCAUUUGAUACGCCAUGCUGUAGGAAAUAAUGAAUUUGGCACUGUUGAUCAUGAACGGCUUUCUAAGAUGCUCAGUCUUCCAGAAGAAUUGGCUCGGAUGUACAGGGAUGAUAUCACAAUUAUAGUAGUACAGUUCAAUUCCCAUGUUGUUGGUGCAUGUCAAAAUGAAGAAUUCUGAAUUGAAGUGACAAACUAAACUUCACAGAACAAAAUGAAAAAAUGACCAGUAUUGAGUGCAUCAUAGUAAAACACUUGAUUAUCAUCAGGUCAUUGGAAUUAUAACUGGAGUAAAUACAAUUUGCAAAAACCUUGGAUAAUGGCCAAAAUGUUACUUAUCUGAUUUAAACUACCAGGAGAACAAAACAACUUUGCACUAAGUAGUUUAUUUGCUUGAACAAUGGCUUGUAAUUUGGGAUUAUUUGAUAGAAGUAAAUCUUCAUAUGCAUCAGCGCAAUGCCCUUUAGGGCAAAAAUAGUAUAUUUAUCACAUGUAAAUUCCAAUGUAGGUAGGUAUCUAAGUUGCUUUAGAAAACUUUGGAUGAUAAUUUGAUCAUAAAAUUGAACUUUGAAUAGGGCUGUUGACUUUUAUACCUACGAAGUAGCUGUUGGGUCUUUCCUUCAGGAAAGGAAGGGAAUGUAUUUUUAAACAGACAGUAGAUGUCUUGAAAUUAUAUCUAAUUAUCUUAUCUUGGGCAGUGAUAUAUCUGUUGAAACACAUGCCUGGAAUAUUGAUAAAAGUCCAAGUUUAAGCCAUAAAUAUCCUAAGCCUAUCCAGAAGUAUUAGAAACUAAAGACCAUUUUGCAUCAAAAGCUAAUAUAUUUUGCACAGUUCAAAGGGCAAUAAAUUAUUAGAAGGUUAGAUAACUAAAUGGAAAAGUGCAAAAAAACACACACACACCCAUCCCUUGGCUUAUGUUAUAAACCUAAAAUUCUAUUUUUGUGAAUCUUGACUUUCAAUCAGAAUCAUAUCAAAUCUAUUUCUGCUCAUCUUGAGUUUAGUGUUGUACUUAGACAAAUGGUAGUGACGGUAAAUUUGUGCAGUCACAUGUUUAUAGUCUGAAUUAAAGUCUGGUCUUCUGGAUGUGUUAAGUAUUCCAAAGCAAACAAAUAUACCUGUAUUGUUUGGUUGCCACGGUGACUUAAAGAAAACCAUGUAAUAAAAAUUGUAAAUAGAAAUAGUGGCAGAGAAAAGUCUGCAUGCUAUAUGCUUAAUUCCACAGGCAGUGCAACAUCAACUCCUUUCAAUUUUAUUACUGGUGUGUAAACUUGCUUACAUCCCAGAUCUCUUCCUAAUGUUGUAUGACUGAUCUCUGAGGUAUAUGCCAUAUAAUGGUAUAUCUGGAAAUGGCAGAUAAAUUUAAAAAGUUUUCUUAGCAAUUACAAUUUGAAUGGUUUGAAUUUAAUAUCAGACUCAAGGCUUCACAAAUGUCACUUGCCUUAUAAUAUUGAACUAGUUUUUAUUCACUUCAUAAAAAGACAGUAUAAUUAUAUGAAUCAUUGCUUAAUAUUUUUCUCAAGUUCAUAUCUAUAUUUGAGGCAUUUGCAAAUAAACAUUAAUAUCUGCUUCUCUGUUUAAAUAUCUUGUAUGUAUUCCACUUGAACUGCAUUUGACCUUCCAUCACAUAUGUGAUUGUUUAAACUGACACAUUUUAAAAAAUGUCAGUGCUCUUCACAGCAUAGAUGUAUAAAAAGAAAAAAGAACAAUGAGCUAACUCUGUCCUUAGUAAACCAGUACUAUGUGUAUGAAUGUUUCCAGCACUUAGGUUUUGUAGCACUAAAGCUCUCUUAGCUCUUUACUGUACACUAAAAGUCAUAUUUGGCUAAAAGAUUGCAAGUAUUGAAAUGCAAAGACCAUACAAUAUGUAAUUGCAUCACUUUCCUAAAUGGAUAUUCUUUAUAAAUUUAUCUCGAUGGAAAAUUCCUAUCUGCAGCCUUAAAAGGGGGGUGGUCUUUCUUUCUGUGUCCAAAGAAGUGACUGUUCUAGCUUUUGUUUAUAUUUCUCAUCUAAUUUUGUUAUUUAUUGUAUUAAUGACAAAACUGAGCAGUUUAACGUAUCACGUUUAUAAAUGGAGUAGAAUUGUUAAAACCAUAUUUUAUGUUACGUUGUUCAUUUUUUUAGAUAUUUGUGACAUCUAUAAUACAUGUCAAUGUAUCUUUGUGGCUUGGUUCUAGUUAAAAUGAAUGAUAUUGAGUCCUGGCCCUAUAUAUUCAGCAUUUUGGAGAGAGUUGGUCUUGUACAUACAGAUAUGAACAUAAGAAUUAACUUUUAAGUUCUCAGAAUAGGUUUGCAUUGUAAAGGGAGGGGAAAUGGCUUUUUCAACACCACACGAUAUAGUCAGAGAACAAAUACCUUUUUGGUAAAUUUCAAUAAAAACAAUUAUUGGAAACAUGCAUUAGAGUCUUUGAAAAGUUGUGUUGACUUUAUUUUCCUGAAUUCAUAUUUCAUAUUUGAUUGUUAGACUACAUUUAAUAGUAAAAUCACUGUUAUACAUGAAAAUAUUUGAAAUGAAACAGCCUUUCCCAAGAGAGCUCACAACUGGAACAAAUGAGUAGCAUCAGACCAAAUGGAUCACAAUAUUUGCAUGUAUUCUACUUCACAAAUGUGAUUUUUGUAUUAUCUUCCAGCUGAUUAGAAGUAUUCUUGACUUCUUUUUUUUUUUUUUUGAAGUGAACAGAAGAGCUCAGUUGAAUAUAGCCAUCUACAGCAUUAUCCAGUUUUCCUAUGUUUUAGCAUAUACUUUUACCUGAUCCAUUAUAACUAUAGAGUGCUGGAUUAUUUAAAUCCCUUUAGUUUCCAACCAAUGAGUAGCUAUUAUCUUUUCAAUUAUGUGAGUUAGUCUCAUUUAUUGUCCUUUGCAUUAUUGGCAUCUUAAAAAUAACCUGGUUCCUGUUGAAAUUUGGGAAAGAAAAACAAUCCUUAAAACCAGCCAUCCUCUUGUUCGAAAUUCAGAUGUUAAGAAUUGUUUUCUUAAAUUGCUAGAAAUUAGGAACUUGGGCUUUUGGAUCAGUUCUAGUACAGAGUAACCUUACAAAACAGGCAAAGUUUUUGAGAAAAUAAACAUGUAAGACAAAGGGGCAAAAUGUGUAAAUCUUAAAAGCCUAGGCAUUCUUGCUAUUAUUGCUUCUUGGCCACUAUAAAAGAAAAAUGCAUUCUGUUUCAAGCAAAGGCCUAUAACUGACAUAUUUGUCUAUUUUUACUCUAUUAAAAAGUAAAACCUUUGGUUGACCAGAAUUAAAAAUGUCUUGACCAGCAUGCACAAACAAUAUUGCAUAAACCUGUUUUUUUUUUCUGCUAACUUUUCAGACAGGAAUUUGGGCUGCGGUUUAAUUGUUAAGUUGCAUUUAUUAUUUGAUUUUGUCCUCCCCCUUAUUACUUUAUAAGCAAUCCAAGGCAGCAAACAUAUAUAUUAAUGAAUUCUCCCAAAAAUCUAGAUACAAAAUACCAGGAGUUAAUCUGAUCUUGUUGACAUAACAAUAUAAUGCCUUUUAGCGUGACUGUCAAUGUAGUUCUAAAUUAUUGUUCAAAAUGCUAAAAAAAAUUCUGCAAAAAAUUCAGAU